UGGAGACUGGAGUGGACUGUCUAGUUAGUAACCACACCCACAGCUUUGAAAGAGAGGCUAGAGAGAGUGGACUGGGCUGAGUAGUCAGGAACCACACCCACAGCUUUGAAAGAGAGGCUAGAGAGAGUGGACUGGGCUGAGUAGUCAGGAACCACACCCACAGCUUUGAAAGAGAGGCUAGAGAGAGUGGACUGGGCUGAGUAGUCAGGAACCACACCCACAGCUUUGAAAGAGAGGCUAGAGAGAGUGGACUGGGCUGAGUAGUCAGGAACCACACCCACAGCUUUGCAAUACGGGUUUGUGAAAGAACCCUCUCACUCACACACAACACCAGGGUGGGUCUGGAACAGAGCAGUAGGCAGUAACUUGACGUUGGUCUGACAUCACCUCUUGCCUGGCUGUUGGAAGGAUAGAAGAUGGCUCUGAAUAAGUGUGUGAAGUACCUGCUCUUCCUCUUCAACCUACUGUUCUGGAUCAGUGGAUGCAUCAUUCUUGGUGUCUCCAUCUACCUCAAAGUGAGCAAGAAUGGAAACGUGAUAAUGGACGAGGCAGUGCCAUUUGUAGACCUGCUGAUAGCCGUUGGUGUCAUCAUCAUGGUCCUGGGCUUCUUGGGCUGCUGCGGAGCCAUUAAGGAAAACCGCUGCAUGCUCAUUCUGUUCUUCGUCGGGCUGCUCCUCAUCUUCAUCCUCCUGCUGAUCGCCGGAAUCCUGGGAGCUGUCGGAGAGAAGAAGUCUCAGGUGUGGGUGAAGGAGAGUCUGGGGAAGCUGCUGCCACUGAGGGACCAGAAGCCUGACGUCCAGACGGACAUGCAGAAACUGGAAGUGGAGGCAAAGUGCUGUGGCCUGAUCAACGGAGCCUCUGACUGGGGCCCCACUGUCCCCAGUUCUUGUAACUGUGUUGACACCGCUCAAGCCUGCCAACUUGCAGAUGGACGCCAAGUGUACUCAACGCCUUGUGUCAAGUUUGUGACUUCCUUCAUGGAGAAACACGCAAUCAUCGCGCUGGGGAUUGCAUUCGGCGUCGCAGUCUUGAUGCUCUUUGGAAUGGCCUUCGCCAUGACCCUGUACUGCCAGAUUGGGAAGAGGGAUGCCAACACUGCCUAAAUGCAGCGAGACAUGAUACACCUUCAUCCAGGGUUGUGGUCAAUUUGAAUUGGAAGUCAUCAAUUCAGGAAGUAAACUGAAAUUCCAAUUGAAAAAAAGGGAUCUAUUUUCAAUGAUUUCUCAAACUGAAAAGCAGAAGUUAUUUAUUCCUAAUUUUCACAUUAGAAUUUUAAAUACAAAUCACUUCCUGAAUUGACUGACUUCAAUUCAAAUUGACCCCAAUCAUGACUUUAUCAAAAGUUGGCUUUGACAUAUCCCAUACAGCAUGCAUGCAACGUGUACUUUAUACUGAACGUCAGGGUUGGGGUUCAAUUCCAGUCAAUUCAGGAAGUACACUGAAACUCCAAUUCUCUUCAAUGAGCAAUAUUUGGAAUGGAGUUUGCAUUGUGAAUUGACUGGACUUGAAAUGGCAUGGACCCCAACAUGCUGAGCAUCACUAUGGACCGCAUGUGUUUCUAUAUCUUUUACCUGCGCCAAAUGAUGCUCUGAUUUGGGUUUCAGAUCUUUUGUUAAAUUAUGGCAGUGUCUUGACUUGUGAAGUUGAUUGAGCCAUAUCUCAUUGAACAUGCAUUUGUCUUUUUGAAAGAGCUCUGUUUCCAUUGACUACUGCUCUACGUAUUUCUCACUGAAGUCCAUACACUGAACUUUGUAUAAUUCAUGCUCAAAUGUUUUAAACUUUUUCCAAAUUGUAUUGCAAUCUCGUAGAUAUUAGUCUGAUGGUAAUAUUGAUCAAGCUGUAUAUAAUUUUGCAAGUUUUUUUUAAAAUUUAAUUUAUAUAAUGAUUGCAGUACAUGUCAGUGUCUUCUGUUCAAGGCCUGUGAGCUUUACGUCCUUCCUCUUCUGAGGUACUUUACAAAUAAAGAAGUCAUUCAUUUGGUUUCCCCA